GAAAGAUAACGUUGGAGGCAAGUUGCCUUUGAACAGCUCUCUGAAGAUCAACUGCCUCCCCAUCUCAUUCCUUGCCCUGAAGCUGUUUCCUCUGGUUGUGCUAAGGGGUGAGGCCCAAAGGCACAUCACUUUUCAAGAAUUAGAUCAUGAACAACUUUAUCCUCCUGGAAGAACAGCUGAUCAAGAAAUCCCAACAAAAGAGAAGAACUUCUCCAUCAAACUUUAAAGUCCGCUUCUUUGUUCUAACCAAAACCAGUCUGGCAUACUUUGAGGACCGUCAUGGGAAAAAGCGCACAUUGAAAGGCUCCAUUGAACUCUCCCGAAUCAAAUGUGUCGAGAUUGUGAAAAGCGACAUUAGCAUCCCAUGCCACUAUAAAUACCCAUUUCAGGUCGUACAUGACAACUACCUCCUGUAUGUGUUUGCUCCAGACCGCGAAAGCCGACAGCGCUGGGUGCUGGCCCUUAAGGAAGAAACGAGGAAUAAUAACAGUUUAGUGUCCAAGUAUCAUCCUAAUUUCUGGAUGGAUGGGAGGUGGAGGUGCUGUGCUCAGCUGGAGAAGCUCGCAGUGGGCUGUGCCCAGUAUGAUCCAUCCAAGAACGCUUCAAAGAAGCCUCUUCCUCCUACUCCUGAAGACAACAGGCGAUCACUUCAGGAACCUGAAGAAACCCUGGUUAUUGCCUUGUAUGACUACCAAACAAACGAUCCACAGGAACUUAUGCUGCAACGCAAUGAGGAGUACUACCUGCUGGACAGUUCUGAGAUCCACUGGUGGAGAGUUCAAGACAGGAAUGGGCAUGAAGGAUAUGUACCAAGCAGUUAUCUGGUGGAGAAGUCUCCAAAUAACCUGGAAACCUAUGAGUGGUACAAUAAGAGUAUCAGCAGAGACAAAGCUGAAAAACUGCUUUUGGACACAGGAAAAGAAGGAGCCUUCAUGGUACGAGAUUCUAGGACUCCAGGAACAUACACAGUCUCUGUUUUCACCAAGGCUAUCGUAAGUGAGACCAACCCUUGUAUAAAGCACUAUCACAUCAAGGAAACAAAUGACAACCCGAAGCGGUAUUAUGUGGCUGAAAAGUACGUGUUUGAUUCUAUCCCUCUCCUCAUCAAUUAUCACCAACACAAUGGAGGAGGACUGGUCACAAGACUCCGGUAUCCAGUUUGUUCCUGGAGGCAGAAAGCCCCGGUCACAGCAGGACUGAGAUACGGGAAAUGGGUGAUCGAUCCCUCAGAGCUCACUUUCGUGCAGGAGAUUGGCAGCGGGCAGUUUGGGUUGGUACAUCUUGGCUACUGGCUGAACAAGGACAAGGUGGCCAUCAAAACCAUUCAGGAAGGGGCUAUGUCAGAAGAGGACUUCAUAGAGGAAGCUGAAGUCAUGAUGAAACUCUCUCACCCCAAACUGGUCCAGCUCUAUGGGGUAUGCCUGGAGCAGGCCCCCAUCUGCCUGGUGUUUGAGUUCAUGGAGCACGGCUGUCUGUCAGAUCACCUGCGCAAUCAGCGGGGGCUCUUUGCUGCAGAGACCCUGCUGGGCAUGUGCCUGGAUGUGUGUGAGGGAAUGGCUUACCUGGAAGAGGCAUGUGUUAUCCACAGAGAUCUGGCUGCCCGAAACUGCUUAGUGGGAGAGAACCAAGUCAUCAAGGUGUCUGACUUUGGGAUGACAAGGUUUGUCCUUGAUGAUCAAUACACCAGUUCCACAGGCACCAAAUUCCCCGUGAAGUGGGCCUCCCCAGAAGUCUUCUCCUUCAGUCGCUACAGCAGCAAGUCAGAUGUGUGGUCAUUUGGUGUGCUGAUGUGGGAAGUCUUCAGCGAAGGCAAAAUCCCAUAUGAAAACCGAAGCAACUCGGAGGUGGUGGAAGACAUCACUACUGGAUUUCGUUUAUACAAGCCACGGCUGGCCUCCUCACAUAUCUACCAGAUCAUGAAUUAUUGCUGGAAAGAGAAACCAGAAGACCGGCCACCUUUCUCCAGACUUUUGAAUCAACUGGCUGAAAUUGCAGAAUCAGGACUUUAGCAGAGACUCAGUGCCAGGCCUCAGGCUGCAGAGCCUGAAUGGGGAAAGGAAAUCCUCCCUCUACAGAGCAUUAAAAGCUGCUAUCAGCCCAGGACUCUCCAAAGGCAAUGGCCUGUGGAACUAGUCUCUGAGUGCUGUGGAGGCAGCACCAUGGCAGAAGCUGGCCCUGGGGCACAGGCAGCAGGCUCUGGCACUGAGCUGGGAGCCAGGCCAGAGCAGCAGUGAUGUCUCUACCCUUCCUCCAGCCUCUGUCUUGGGUGCUGCACAGACCGCAAUCUGACAGCUUUCAGGCAACAUUUCUUGCACUUCUUCUUAGAGAAAUGGAGAGACAGGGGAGGACCCUGCAGUGUUAUUUUUAUUUUUAUUUUAAACAUGAAUCUAAAGUUUGUGGUCAAGGAGCUUUUUAUUUGACCCAACAACACAGAACCCAGGAUAUGGGGCGAGAGGAACAGGGGGAGGGCUGGUGAGUUCAUUCCGAUCAGAAAGACUCCACUGUGCUGUGGUGAUGCUGUGGGCCCCUGCCUCCUGCCCCAGAGGAUGGUGGAGCAGCUGCGUUCACAUUAGAGGCCGGGUGUUCUGAGAAGCACCUUUAUGACGUGUUACUCUCACGGUACCCUGCCACCUCUCUCUUUGAAGGGAGCAUGAUGGACUGGGGUGAAUGGUUCUGAUCCCACAGUUGGAGCACUGAGCGUUCAGUAUCUGGGCAGAAAGCGGGCAACUGAUGAUGAGAACCAGCUGGUACAGAGAAAGGCUUCGGGUGGUUAUCAUUCCGAUGUUCACCUUGAGCACCAAGCCAGGCAGAUCUCCAUGCCUCCCCUUCUACACAGCUCGCUUCUGUAGGCGUCCUAGGAGGAAAUGAUGGCUUCAGAUCACCGACCCUGAGGACUCCAUCAUCCUUUUUUCUGGCUUCCCGGAAUCAGUCCUCUCACUGCACUUUUCACCCUCGUCAACAGAGGGCAGCAUUGUGUCAGACAGUGUGGCCUUGCAGAAAAAUUGAAGCUUUUUUUGGCCCUAGAAAUUUGCAACUUUAAGGUUAAGACUUCGAGUCUCCCCACAUUCUAUUUGAGGAACAGAGUUCUGUUCUUUCUCAAACCAUCUGGAUGGAAACUGAGUUAGGCACUGAGUGGGGUACUUUCAAGAUGUACACAGUUGCCUACUGAUGACUGAGCACUUAAAUAAGCAAAGUGACUAUGUGCUGUACUAUCGGCCUUACCUGCAGAAUCUCACUUUAUUCACCCUGAGUUCACACCAACCCUGUGAGGUAGUGUUAUUGUUCCCAUUUUACCAAUAAUGGAACUGCCCCAAGGAAAGUAUAGAGACAGAGUCUAUCCUACAUCUGACUCCAGGGCAUGGUUUCUUUAUUCCCAUUCAACACUGCCUCCUAUUGGGGAUGAAAGGGAUUGCAGAGAAGAUAAAUGGGAAAGGGAGGUAA